AUGUCACAAUCUCUCCGCCCGUACCUCCAAUGCGUCCGAUCCUCCUUGACAGCGGCUCUCUCUGUAUCGAACUUCGCAUCCCAAACCUCCGAGAGACAUAAUGUUCCCGAAAUUGAAGCUGCCAGUUCUCCCGAAGUGCUCUUGAAUCCGCUCACAGUGGCCCGCAAUGAGAGCGAGAGGGUCCUGAUCGAGCCUAGUGUGAACAGCGUGCGCGUUAGCAUUCGCAUCAAGCAAGCAGAUGAAAUCGAGAAUAUUCUAGUACAUAAGUUUACGAGAUUCUUGACUCAGCGUGCGGAGUCGUUCUUCAUCUUGCGACGUAAACCUGUGAGGGGAUACGACAUUUCUUUCCUCAUUACGAACUUCCACACCGAAGCCAUGUUAAAACACAAGCUCGUCGAUUUCAUAAUUCAAUUUAUGGAGGAAGUGGAUAAGGAGAUCUCAGAGAUGAAACUCUUUUUGAAUGCUCGAGCACGAUUCGUCGCCGAGUCCUUUCUCACCCCAUUUGAUUGA